GAUUGGUCCAAAUUGGAGGGGUACUUUGUGUGUGGCAUACAACACACCGACGGACGAGUGCCGAGAUCGGUGAAGGAAAGAGAGCAUGCCGCGAUACUACUGCGACUACUGCGAUACGUACUUGACCCAUGACUCGCAAGCUGGGCGCAAGCAACACAACCGCGGGUGGAAACAUCGAGAAAACGUCAAACUUUACUACGAAGCCAUGCUCCAGGGCCAAGGAGCGACCAUGACACCUGGUGCAUGGCUACGUCCCGAUGCCGCACGUCCUCCCGGCGGCGGCGCGCCACGACCUCCGCCCAUGAUGAACAUGCGGCCUCCUAUGGGCAUGGGUAUAAACCCCAUGGGCAUGAACAUGCAACCUCCGCCCAUGAUGAUGGGCAUGCGACCUCCUCCUCCGAUGGGUGGCAUGUUUCCUCCUCCACGUGGCCCGCCUCCAGGAAUGGUUCCUAUGAUGAUGCGUCCACCGCCUGUAACUUAACAAGAUACUUGAGAUUCCCCGUCGUCGGUUCACAUGGCGUCCCCAUGGCCACAUCUCCCACGGAGCUCUGUAUUGCAUAUCCAAGACCAUAGGGAACGAACCAGACGUCAGUCACAUGCUCAGCUUAAAGUACCCUCCGAUCACCACGUUCCUCUCCAAAUACAUUUGGACAGCGU